CAACGCUGUAAAGCACAGGGGAUGGUAGGAAAACAGUCGCUCUUAACCCUACAUGACCAUGAAAAUGCAUCGAUCCUAGCUUUCUUAUCCCCUGGAAGACUCGACUCCGAAGUAAAGCACGGGUCGCCCCUGCAAUGCUAUAAAGCAGAUGGGAUGGUAAGAAAAGAGUCGCUCAUCCUCUCCCCCCACCAUAUGGACACGAAAAUGCACCCAAGCUGCCUCUCGGCCCUGAGAGCAGGCGACAUGACCCGCCUCUAUGAACUGCUCCAGGAUGACCCAACACGAUUCCACGGCAAGACCAUUAAUGGAAACAGCCUACUCCACAUCGCUGUAAGCCUCGGCAACGACUGGCUCAUCACCCAGUUGUUCAAUCAACUUGAUACGCACCUCAUGCUGUACCAGAACUUAGAUGGCGACACAAUCCUCCACUGCGCUGCCCGUGCAGGGCACGACCACAUCCUUUCCUUGCUCAUCAAUCACCACGCUGGAGGGCAAGUAUUGAUGGGAGUGUUGAACAAGCGCAGGGAUAGCGCUCUGCAUGAAGCUGCACGCGGCGGCCAUGCUAAUGCUGUAAGGCAGCUUGUAGCUGCUGGAGAUAAUAUGGCCUCGAAGGUUAACAUAUAUGAAGAGUCGCCACUUUAUCUAGCGGCCGAGAGGGGCUCAGUUGAGGCCGUGCAAAUGUUGCUUGGGUGCGCGGUCGUGGAUUAUAGAGGACCUCGAGGGCAAAAUGCUCUUCAUGCUGCCGUAUGUCGAAGCUAUGAUAUUGCGAAGAUGUUGCUUGACAAAAUGCCGGAACUAAACCGAAGAAGGGAUAGCUCCCUAAGCGCCCCCAUUCACUACGCGGCUUCCCUUGGAGAUGUAAACAUGGUGCGUCUUCUGCUACAAGCGGACGCUACAAUAGCUCAUAUCUCGGACAACAAGGACCUCUCAGCCAUACACAUCGCAGCAAGCAAGGACUAUGCCAAUGUUAUCGAGGAGAUACUCCACCAUUGCCCAGAUGCAACUGAGCUCACUGAUAGGGAAGGCAACAAUUUUCUUCAUGUUGCUACAAAGACGAGAGCGACAUCAGUGGUGAAACUAGUCCUUAGUAACCCUCUGCUUAGACAGAGCAUAAAUGAGAAAGAUCAUGAAGGAAACACGCCAUUGCAUUUGGCUGUAAUGAACCGUAAUAGGGAAAUCGUCCACCUUUUGUUGUCUAAUAGCAGAGUCGACACAAAUGUAAUAAACCGCAAUGGUCUCACUCCCCUUGAUAUAGCUUCAUCGUGUGCUGACUGUAGUAUUCGCCUCAGGAUGAAGAAGAUGUGCGAAGAAUUGACCUCUGCUGGUUCCAUGUUCGGCACUCACCGAAUGGACGUCUUGAUGGGUAAGGAUCAACGGAGGCCAGAAGAAGAGCUUAAUCGAUAUAGAAUACUGGCAAGUAACAUGGCAAUAGUGGCAGUACUCGUUGCAACAGUUACAUUUGCAGCUGCUUUUACCUUGCCUGGAGGUUACAACAACGAUGACAGCAAUAAUCAGGAACAAGGCAUGGCGAUUCUAGCCAAGAAAUUAGCUUUCAAGGUGUUUCUUAUCUCCGACACCAUUUCAAUGCUAAGCUCUAUUAGCGUUACCUGCUUGCUAAUUUGCACUGGCUCUCUAGAUCACGACAUAAGAUUGCACUCCAUCAUUACUGCCAUGAAGUUCAUGUGGGUUGCACUAGGAGGGAUGGUGGUAGCGUUCUCCAUGGGAAUCUAUGUGGUUUUGGUCUCAAAAUGCAGAUGGUUGGCUGUUCUUAUUUGUGGAAUGGCUGCUUGUGUUCCCUUCAUGGCUUGUAUGAUAGCUUGUUGGCCAACUUUUGUUUCUAUUAAGCUGGUGCAGAUUGACAGAAAUCAAAAGAGCAUAGAAAGAAAAACUUCAAUCCUCAAGGUUAACAUGCACAUGCCCCAUUGGAUGGUGGUUGAUUUUGUCACACCCGAAAGUUCAGGAAAAUGAGGGGAACCUCCUGUAUAGUAUAUUUUGGCAGAACUAUUCCUUCCAGAACUUUAAAUUCCAUCUAUAUGAACUUAUUCAGAAACCGGGAAAAAGAGCAGGAAAAAGCAGGCAUAAAGCUCGGUUUUCAUGAUUCUUUUUUUUUUUAUUAUUAUUAUUAUUAUUAUUAUUAUGGACAUGAUGUCUUAUUUGUUGAUUUGGAAUUAUUUUCGAAAAUCAAAACAGAUUUAUUUUGAAAAGAUUUGAUAUUCAAUUAAUAUAUUAUUUAGAGAAUUGAUUAAUUUUCUAAAUUGUUGAUUUGAUUGUGAUUUGAUUAGGGAUUAGAUUUGGAAGUUUUUUUUUUUUUAGUUUACUUUACCUCAAAUCUAUAAAAUAGAGUGCAAUGGAUUGAUGUUGUAUGUAAGAGAGAGAGAGCUUGAGGGCUAUUGUAAUUCUCUUGUUCUCAAAUUAAGUGAAAUCAUCCAAUUCCCCUCUCCGUGAAUGCACACAUCUUUACAUAA